GUGAUGUUGUGUCAAAACUGCAGCGUUCCUCCACACAUCCAGAGCUCCUGUGGGAAGACUAAAAGUGUUGUGGAGCUCCCACACAGAUGUGAGUCUUCAUGUUCCUCUCUCUUUCUCUCUCUCUCAUCAGAAACCGGCUCAGCCAUCACCUCCUCCUGUAUCGGUCUGGGAAACUCUCUCACGCCACCUGCUGGUCAGGCUGGAAAACCAGUCCCAGGUUACAAUGUCACUGUGAUCGACGAUGACAUGCAGGAGGUGAAGCCAAGAACCCUGGGAAAUAUUGUGGUGAGGCUGCCUCUACCACCUGGUGCUGCGCUGUCACUGUGGCAGAACCACAAUCUGUUCAAGGAGCUCUACUUCACUAAGUUCCCUGGUUACUACGACACCAUGGACGCAGGUUUUGUGGACGAGGAGGAUUUCCUUUACAUCAUGUCCCGGUCUGAUGAUGUCAUGAAUGUGGCCGGACACAGGCUGUCCGCUGGAGCGCUGGAGGAGUCAGUGCUGCUGCACCCUGCGGUGGGAGAUUGCGCUGUUGUUGGUCUAGAUGACACACUGAAGGGUGUCGUCCCCUUGGCCCUAUGUGUACUCAAGAAUGGUGUUCAGAAAAAGGAAGAGGAGAUCAUAAGUGAGAUGGUGAAGCUCGUCAGAGACACCAUCGGACCUGUAGCCGCCUUCAGGAAAGUGCUUUUCGUCCGAGGAUUGCCGAAGACUCGCUCUGGAAAGAUCCCUCGCUCCUCUCUUGCCGACCUGGUCAACGGCAAGCCCUACAAGAUCACUCCAACCAUCGAGGACCCCGAGGUGUUCAAAGACAUCGAGAAGCAGGUGGAAAAAGCUCUGAGACGUGAAGGAGCCUGAACUCAUCAGCUGGAUGGAGGAGAAAACUGAGGUUGGAUAAAUAAACAUAAGCAGCUCUUUGCAGCUCCGGGGUCUGCAAACAUGAACUGAAGUUAAGAAGUUUAACCUCACCUCCUUACAUGAAGUGUGCCAUUAAGUAGAGUUCAUGUUUCCAUUUUUAACUAGAACAUUAACAGUCCAUUUGUAUGAUGUCACUGUGCUGUAAUACAGAAUCAUGAACAGACUCA